CCGCGUUCACAAGGAUAUGCUCGUUUAUUCGAUUUUAAUACAUUAAUAUGCAACUUUUAGUUAUAACAAACUAUGAGUUGGUUUGAUGCCACUGGAUUUGCCAAUUUGGCGAAAUCUGCUUUAAAAGAAGCUCAGAAAACAAUUGAUAAGGCAUUGGAUAUCAAAGAAGAAGAGGAUCAGAAAGUGGUGGAAGGUUGUACAAAAGACACCUCGGAGUUUUUUGCAUCGUGGGGAUUGAAGAACGAAGAGAACGUGGAUCACUGUGAUAAAAGCAAAGAGUCAAAGCAGGAAACAAGUAGCAGUAUAUGGGGAAGCUUUACAGGGUCCUUUUUCGAAACUCCAAAAGGCAAAGAUGAGGAAACUGAUCAAAAACAAAUAACUCAUUCGAAAUCAUUACAAAACACACGUGCUGUACAUAAUCAAGAAAGGAGGCUCACAUCUUCAUUGUCCUUCCCCGAGCAUUAUACAAGUGAAAAUCUGUCCAAGGAUGCGAAGCACACAGUCAGGGAAUGUACAGAGAAAGAAACCCUCGGUCACGUUUCAGAUGAUCACAGCCAAGAUUCUGUUUCCCACCUGUCCAUGGGUUUGCAGUCUUCGAAUAGAAUUAUUCCGAAGAAUACGACUUCCCAUAUGGACGAUACAAUGAAAGAUUGUGAUCCAAGUGGCAGUACAGAGAAAGAAGCCUGGAUCGAAUGUUUAUUAAACAAAAAUGACGUCACAAACGAGCGGACCAGCGAACCAGAAUCCGAGGGAAAUGAUGUUUGUGAACAAGAAUCGACGAUCGAGGAUGACGCGACAAACAGAAUGUCGUUCGUGUCGUCGGAGAAUGAUAAGAAGAGUCUAGAAAGCGUUGAAAUUCUUGGUUCCCGAUCGAAUACAGAUUGCACCACCACUCCAGAGUCGGACGAUAAUUCCCUUAGUAAUUCGGAAAGUCCCUCCGGCACGGGUGCCAAACUGAAUUCCGAAUCUGUCGAAAUCUUACCGGACAGUCUGGUUACAUCUCCGAGUUCUGUGGAAAUUUUGGGAGAUUGGAAAAGCGAUAGCAGUCCUUACCUGUCGCCGAUAGAUCCGCGGCGUUCCGAGUUGUCUUCCGUGCCGGAUAGAGACGACUCGGUGACACCUUGCUGGGAGGAUAGUAAUAUCGAUCCGAUUGCGUCCAAAGAUGAUAGUCAAGCGGAGUAUCCGUCAUCCUCGGACAUUUCGCCGUACGAAUCGCCGAUAAGCGAGGAUGCCAACACACCGCACGAUGAUUUGUGCGCAAGUAGCGUAGAGAGUACACCGUCGACAAGCACGUAUCCAGGGGAUCUUGGAGCUCAUUUGAGCAAAUCUUCGUCAUCGUCCGGAUGUCAAAACGUAAAAGCUUUCGUAACGGAGCACGUGGAAGCGAUAGCGUAUCAGGACGAACCAGACGAAGCAAGUCUGGCCGAGGAUUCUUAUACAUCUGCCUCGGAGAGCAUCGUCACAACUGUAUUCGAAACGCUUCAACAAAGGACCGCCGAGCAUACGAAAGCUAAAAUCGAGAUGCCUGCUGGCGUGUUGCUGAGCGGAAAAAUGCACGACUCCUGCCCAAACGGUAAACAAGCGUCAACAAUAAAAACAUGUACAGAGACGCAUCUCAACUUGAGUUUGGAUUCCCUCAAAGAGAAGCACAAUUUACAUUUGCCAAUCGAGGCAAUCACGACCCAACCGAUUCGUAAAUCGGCGGAAUAUCUCGACGGGACUGGUAAAAUCGUCGAGACAGAUCGAAGCAGUUACGAUCGGCUGAUAAACACUACUAUAGAACCAGCAGAACCGGAAUCGGAACCGGUAACGGUACAGGUAACAAACCGCGAAUCGGAACAACGGUAUUCUUCGGAAGAUGUUUCGCUACCGCAUACAUCCAAGUCUGACGCGAUGGAUGUCGUGGAUCAGUAUCUAAUGUCAACGGAUUCGAGUUGCGAAGGAACCUUGAUUGAAAGUAGUUCCGAGGAUAAUCCGUCGUCGAUUCAGAAAACUGAUGGAAAAAUGAUUGAACCACCCUUAACAGCUAGCUCUUAUGUGAAAACAAUGCUAGCGGAUGCUAUGAUCGAAAAGGGCGGUGGAAGUGGUGGCAGCAGUGGCGGCGGCGAGAUCGGCGAGAUCGCGGAGAUCGCGGAGAUUGAAGUACAGGGUGUAGAUAUGCCCCGAGAAAAUUCUCCUACUUCCUCGGAAAGUCGGUCCGAUUUAGUUAAAAUUGGUUCUGAUCAAACCAGUGGUCACACCAGUGGGGACGAAUUGGAAACAACAACCUCCAGUGACAUUGAAAUUAUAUCCAGGUAUAGUCCAAAUGGCGAUUCGAGUUCGACACAAUCACGGCAGAGUCACACAAGAUCGCAGUCGGCAAAGGGUAGCGAUCUCUUGACGAAAACUUUAAAAGCCAGAGGACAUUCCAGAGAAUUGAGCGAAAUUAGCGUAGGAUCGGACGAAGCGAACCUCGAGAUAGAAACAUUGUUGAAACGUAUACAAGAGAUGACGGAAAUCUUAGAAGCUAGAGAAUCGAAACUCAUCGACGUUAGCAGAAUGAAUAUGGAAUUGCACGAGCAGAAUAACAAUUUGAAAAAACAGCUGGAUAAUUUUGAAAAAUGCGCGGAGCAAAGUCAGAACUUGAAUCAAAUCGCCGACGAGUACACCCAAAGGCUGUCUGCGUUGGAAAAGAAAUUUCAACAAGCGAUACGAGAACGGGAUUCAUUGCGGAAGAACUUGGAACAGUUGAAAAUGGAAGCAGCCACACGCUUAUCGUCCCAGGAGAUGUUUACGUUGAGCGCUGAGAAGGAUGAGAUCAUUAAAGAGCUGCGGGAAGAAGGAGAAAAGUUGAGCAAGCAACAGCUUCAGCAUAGUAACAUUAUUAAAAAAUUACGAAUCAAGGAGAAGGAUAACGAUGCGUUAAUAAAAAGUCAAAAGGUAUUGCUAGAAGAACAACAAUUGGAGUUGGAGCGUCUGAAAAAAUCUCUGCAUGCAAAAGAAGAAGUUGAAAGAGUUCAGAUAGAGGCUGUCCACACGUUGACUGCAAAAAUGAAGAAGCAGGAUAAGGAGACUUUAACGUUACAGGAGAAAUUGGACACCGCUUUACAUAAGAUGGACGCUUAUAAGAAAAGUUUGGAUGCGGCGAAAAUAGAUUUAAUCGAAACAAAGAAACUUUUAGAAGUGACAGAAGCGGAAUUGAAGGACGCUUCGAACAACGCUGGAGAAUCGUGCCAGCUGCUUGCACAAGUGGAAGAGUUGAAAAUUAAGUUACGAGAGUCCGAGGAAAUGCGCGUUAAAAAAGAAGAGUUUCUGAAACACGAAAACGGCCAGUUGUUGAAGCGUCUGGAGGCAGCCGAAGCCAGAAGCGAAGAUCUCUCCGAGUCGGUGACAAUGGCCACGAAACCUUUGCUGAGACAGUUGGAACAGCUUCAAGCGAAUCUGUCGCAUAAAUGCAGUAACUUCAUGAAGCAGGAGAAAGCAUUGUCGGAAAAGAACAUCGAGUUGCAGACAAAAGUGGAACACUUGGCGGAGGUGGAUCGCUACUUGAAGGAAGAAAAUGUGAAUUUAAAGUCGAAAAUAUCCCAAUUAGAAUCGAAGCUCACCGCCAAAGAGAUCGAGAUAUUGCGAUUGCAGGAGUUGUACGACGAAUUAACGGUAGAGAAGGAGAGACUAGUCGAAGAAAAUGACCGGCAUCGACGAACGAUAGAAACACUCGAGCAGUCGCAUUCUUCGCAAGUAAUGGAACUGAAUAGGGAGAUUGUAGCAUUGGAAAACAAAUUAGCUGUAGAAAAAGCAGCCACGAGUGCAGAGAAACGAAAGAAUCACGAGACGAUGGAGCAAAGACGAAGCAUUGCUCGAAACGAGCCGCUGAAUGUUCCCAUCGAUACUAGCGAUGAUCAAGUCACUGGAAACGUAAUGGACACUACCUGGCCGCUGUGCGAUUCUUCUACCGCUGAAGAGCACCACGCUGACAGAUACGCAAUGGUAUACGAUAGUAUUAGAGCAGGCUCGAGUAGCACGUCUAUAUUUGAAAACUUACAGGCACAACUGAAACAAAAGGACGGUGAAAUACAACAACUUCAGUGGGAGUUAUCGCGCCGUAAUGUAGAAAGAGACGCACUCAAUUCCGAAUUAUCCACGUUGAUCUUGAAAAUCGAAGAAUUGAACGGCAAAGUGUCACACGUUACAGUCUUGCAGGAAAAUCUGCACGAAAUACAAACACGGUACGACGCGUUGUUGCAAAUGUACGGCGAAAAAAUGGAGGAAAACGAAGAACUGCGCCUAGACCUUCAAGACGUGAAAGAUAUGUACAAAACGCAGAUUGAUCAACUUUUGAAACGAGACAGUUGAAGUUGCUUGCGACGAUAAACUUGGACAGUUAUCACCGUUGCAACACUGGACGAUGCUCCGACGAAUAGUCUUUCAGUCGGUCUCUUAAUUGCGUACGUACACACACAUAAUGUGCACGGUGAAUGCAACUUGAAUAAGAAACAAACAAUGUGAUAUGAGGUGUAAUAUAACGAUUAAAGUUUACAAUAUUGUAAUAUACAAUUGAACUACAAUGUAAUUUAUUAAAAAAAAAAAAAAGUCACGUUUACUGAGAGUUAUAUCUUUCUUUAUAGUCAACCGUAAUUAUGGGAAUGAAUUGGGGAACUUUGAAACAUUCCGACACAGUAUU